AUGGUCCUACUUGAGGAGCUCUCCGACGUACCAACAUCAAAUGAAGAAGAUGAAGCAUACUCCUAUGAUGAUGACUCAUUAACGCCAUCAAUGGUCUUCGACCAAAUCAUGGGACCUACAGUGAUGCUUCCAUCUCACGAACACCCUUUAUACAAUCACGGUAACAGCAACGGUCACUGCGACGGAUGUCCCGAACUUAGAGACAACGGUCUCUUUGGCUACAACUGCCACACAUGCAGCUUCACCGUCCACAAAGAAUGUGCUGAGUCAUCUCCAGAGAUCAAUCACCCCUCUCACCAGAGACAUCCUCUCACGCUCCUUACACAUGGCCUACCACUAGUAGCUGGUGACGAUCAUUGCCGUCUAUGUGGAGAAAAACUCGGAAGGUUAGUAUACCAUUGCUACAUAUGCGAUUUCAGUUUAGAUCUGUAUUGUGCUCGAAAUCCGCUUGAGCUAGUCGUUCACUACCCUAAAGGUCAUGAACAUAUCCUCACUCUCAUGCCAAGGCUCAUACGCUUCACUUGCAAUGCAUGUGGUCUUGAAUCCGAUCGAUCUCCUUACGUAUGUCCUCAGUGUGAUUUCAUGAUCCAUCAAGAUUGUAUCUACUUACCACGAGUCAUAAGCAUUAUGCGCCAUAGACAUCGUAUCUCUCGCACUUAUUUUCUUGGUCUUGAAGAUUGGAUAUGUGGAGUUUGUCGAAGAAUGGUUAACCGGAGAUAUGGGGCGUAUUCUUGCUCGAUUUGUCCCGAUUACGUGGUUCAUUCCAAAUGUGCCACGAGGAGAGACGUGUGGGAUGGGCGAGAGCUUGAGGAUGAGCCGGAAGAAAACGAUGAAUGUGAAGAACCGUUUAGGGUUGUGAGUGAAGGAGUGAUAAAUCAUUUCAGUCAUCAAGAACACGAUCUACGACUUGAGGAUGGUCUUUCUAAUAUCCAUGAAGAAAACAUGCGUUGUAGAGCAUGUGUUCGUCCUGUCUAUUCUGUUCCAUUCUACAGUUGUAUGCAAUGUGAUGAUUUCAUUCUCCAUGAAGCAUGUGCUAAUCUUCCUCGGAAGCAACGACAUGUACUACACAACCAUCAACUUACUCUUUACCCUGAUGAUAGCAUCGUUAUGGACUUUCCCAUGACUAGUGGAGUAUUCUUAUGCUCUGCUUGUGAUCGACUAUGCAGUGGUUUCAGGUAUGAAUGUUGCAAUAUCAAAUUAGAUGUACGAUGUGGUUCGAUAUCUGAGCCAUUUAACUACGAUUGUCAUCCGCAUCCUUUGUUCCAAACUUCACUAGAUAGCAAGAUCUGCGUGGUUUGCAAGCAAGAAUCGAGUUAUGUUCUAACUUGUAUGGAUUGCGAUUUUGUUUUGGAUUUCAAGUGUGCUAUUUUACCAAAUACGGUGAGGUACAAAUACGAUAGGAGUCCUCUCGAGUUAUGCUACGAUGGAGACAAGGACAUGACCGGUAAUUACUGGUGCGAGAUAUGCGAGAGAGAAAUGGAUCAAAAGAUAAUGUUCUACACUUGUGAAGGGUCUGGCCCCACUAUUCAUAUUGAUUGUGUACUCGGAGAUUUCAGGUAUGUGAAGCCUCGGCUGCAUUUUGAGUUCAAUGGAAAGAAAUGGGAAGUGGCCUUGAAUGGUAUAAAUCGACCAGGAUGUUACAAGUGUGGCUUUCGUUGCAAAGGACCUUUUGUUGCCUUGAACGCUGACUAUGAUGAUUGUACUGUUUGUUCUCUUUCUUGUUUGUGGAAAGGAGAUACUCUCGUAUUCGAGAGUAAAAGAGAUUAA